AUGUGCUUUGCCAAGAAGCACAAGAAGGGCCAGAAGAAGAUGCAGGUCAACAACACCAAGGCCCUGAGCACAUGUGCCGAGGCUGUGGAGGCCUUCGUAAAGCCCAAGGGGGUCAAACCCAAGAUCCCAAAGAAUGGCAGCCACAAGCCCAAUCAAGUUGCUUACAUCGUCCACCCCAAGCUUAGGAAAAGUGUCUGUGCCCACAUCAGCAAGGGAGGGUCUCAGGCUCUGCCAGCCAAAGGCCAAGGCCAAGGCCAAGGCCAAGGUCCAAACAAAGACCCAGGCUGUGACUGCAGCUGUGUCUGCAGCUCUGGCUCCAGCUCUGGCUCUGGCUCCCAAAGGUGCCCAGGUCCCUACAAAGGCUCUGGUGUAGAGGCCUCUGUGUGCUAA